GGCGACCACGCCUUCCGGCGAGCGCCAGGGAGCGCGUGUGCGCCUCGCCGCCCGGAAGCGCCGCCCGCUCGCUGCAUGCUGGGAGUUGUAGGCCUCCGGCGUCAGCCCGCGGGCUGCCGCCCGCACUCUCCAUGAGACUGCUGGCGCCGGCGCCCGCCCGCGCGGCACCGACGCGGGGAGCGCGCUUCGCGCUGACUCAGCGGCGGCGGCGGCUGCGGCGGCGGCGGCGGCGUUAGCCGGCCCUCGCGCUCUUUCCCUUCCUGGGGCGCCGACCCCGCCCGCUUGCUUGCUUGCUUGCUUGCCUGCCUGCCUGCCCGGCGCCACGCAAGAGAAGGUGCCAGGGGACGCGGAGCGACUAGAGGCGCGCGGUCCCGGCCAGCUCCGUCUCUGGCGUUGUAGCUGCGGCCGUGGCGGAGGACUACGGCGACAAGGACGAGGGCCGCUCCCCCAGCUCUCUGCGUGCCGCGCCGCUCCGCUGGCUGACCAUCUGGAGUGCAGGCUGGGAGGCGGGAUGGAGUGAUAGGGAAGAUGUUUAUAAAUUCUUCUGUGGGAUCAGAGGGCACGCCUAUUACAACCAGAAAACUCCAAGUAUAACAGCGAGGAUGGAUGAACAGGCUCUAUUAGGGCUAAAUCCAAAUGCUGAUUCAGACUUUAGACAAAGGGCCCUGGCCUAUUUUGAGCAGUUAAAAAUUUCCCCAGAUGCCUGGCAGGUGUGUGCAGAAGCUCUAGCCCAGAGGACAUACAGUGAUGAUCAUGUGAAGUUUUUCUGCUUUCAAGUACUGGAACAUCAAGUUAAAUACAAAUACUCAGAACUAACCACUGUUCAACAACAGCUAAUUAGGGAGACGCUCAUAUCAUGGCUGCAAGCUCAGAUGCUGAAUCCCCAACCAGAGAAGACCUUUAUACGAAAUAAAGCCGCCCAAGUCUUCGCCUUGCUUUUUGUUACAGAGUAUCUCACUAAGUGGCCCAAGUUUUUUUUUGACAUUCUCUCAGUAGUGGACCUAAAUCCAAGGGGAGUAGAUCUCUACCUGCGAAUCCUCAUGGCUAUUGAUUCAGAGUUGGUGGAUCGUGAUGUGGUGCAUACAUCAGAGGAGGCUCGUAGGAAUACUCUCAUAAAAGAUACCAUGAGGGAACAGUGCAUUCCAAAUCUGGUGGAAUCAUGGUACCAAAUAUUACAAAAUUAUCAGUUUACUAAUUCUGAAGUGACGUGUCAGUGCCUUGAAGUAGUUGGGGCUUAUGUCUCUUGGAUAGACUUAUCCCUUAUAGCCAAUGAUAGGUUUAUAAAUAUGCUGCUAGGUCAUAUGUCAAUAGAAGUUCUACGGGAAGAAGCAUGUGACUGUUUAUUUGAAGUUGUAAAUAAAGGAAUGGACCCUGUUGAUAAAAUGAAACUAGUGGAAUCUUUGUGUCAAGUAUUACAGUCUGCUGGGUUUUUCAGCAUUGACCAGGAAGAAGAUGUUGACUUCCUGGCCAGAUUUUCUAAGUUGGUAAAUGGAAUGGGACAGUCAUUGAUAGUUAGUUGGAGUAAAUUAAUUAAGAAUGGGGAUAUUAAGAAUGCUCAAGAGGCACUACAAGCUAUUGAAACAAAAGUGGCACUGAUGUUGCAGCUACUAAUUCAUGAGGAUGAUGAUAUUUCUUCUAAUAUUAUUGGAUUUUGUUACGAUUAUCUUCAUAUUUUGAAACAGCUUACAGUGCUCUCGGAUCAGCAAAAAGCUAAUGUAGAGGCAAUCAUGUUGGCCGUUAUGAAAAAAUUGACUUAUGAUGAAGAAUAUAACUUUGAAAAUGAGGGUGAAGAUGAAGCCAUGUUUGUAGAAUAUAGAAAACAACUGAAGUUACUGUUGGACAGGCUUGCUCAAGUUUCACCAGAGUUACUACUGGCCUCUGUUCGCAGAGUUUUUAGUUCUACACUGCAGAAUUGGCAGACUACACGGUUUAUGGAAGUUGAAGUAGCAAUAAGAUUGCUGUAUAUGUUGGCAGAAGCUCUUCCAGUAUCUCAUGGUGCUCACUUCUCAGGUGAUGUUUCAAAAGCUAGUGCUUUGCAGGAUAUGAUGCGAACUCUGGUAACAUCAGGAGUCAGUUCCUAUCAGCAUACAUCUGUGACGUUGGAGUUCUUCGAAACUGUUGUUAGAUAUGAAAAGUUUUUCACAGUUGAACCUCAGCACAUUCCAUGUGUACUAAUGGCUUUCUUAGAUCACAGAGGUCUGCGGCAUUCCAGUGCAAAAGUUCGGAGCAGGACGGCUUACCUGUUUUCUAGAUUUGUCAAAUCUCUCAAUAAGCAAAUGAAUCCUUUCAUUGAGGAUAUUUUGAAUAGAAUACAAGAUUUAUUAGAGCUUUCUCCACCUGAGAAUGGCCACCAGUCCUUACUGAGCAGCGAUGAUCAACUUUUUAUUUAUGAGACAGCUGGAGUGCUGAUUGUUAAUAGUGAAUACCCGGCUGAAAGGAAACAAGCCUUAAUGAGGAAUCUGUUGACUCCACUAAUGGAGAAGUUUAAAAUUCUGUUAGAAAAGUUGAUGCUGGCGCAAGAUGAAGAAAGGCAAGCCUCUCUAGCAGACUGUCUUAACCAUGCUGUUGGAUUUGCAAGUCGAACCAGUAAAGCUUUCAGCAACAAACAGACUGUGAAACAAUGUGGCUGUUCCGAAGUUUAUCUGGACUGUUUACAGACAUUCUUGCCAGCCCUCAGUUGUCCCUUACAAAAGGAUAUUCUCAGAAGUGGAGUCCGUACUUUCCUUCAUCGAAUGAUUAUUUGCCUGGAGGAAGAAGUUCUUCCGUUCAUUCCAUCUGCUUCAGAACAUAUGCUCAAAGAUUGUGAAGCAAAAGAUCUCCAGGAGUUCAUUCCUCUUAUCAACCAGAUUACGGCCAAAUUCAAGAUACAGGUAUCCCCGUUUUUACAACAAAUGUUCAUGCCCCUGCUUCAUGCAAUUUUUGAAGUGCUGCUCCGGCCAGCAGAAGAAAAUGACCAGUCUGCUGCUUUAGAGAAGCAGAUGUUGCGGAGGAGUUACUUUGCUUUCCUGCAAACAGUCACAGGCAGUGGGAUGAGUGAAGUUAUAGCAAAUCAAGGUGCAGAGAAUGUAGAAAGAGUAUUGGUUACUGUUAUCCAAGGAGCAGUUGAAUAUCCAGAUCCAAUUGCACAGAAAACAUGUUUUAUCAUCCUCUCAAAGUUGGUAGAACUCUGGGGAGGUAAAGAUGGACCAGUGGGAUUUGCUGAUUUUGUUUAUAAGCACAUUGUCCCCGCAUGUUUCCUAGCACCUUUAAAACAAACCUUUGACCUGGCAGAUGCACAAACAGUAUUGGCUUUAUCUGAGUGUGCAGUGACACUGAAAACAAUUCAUCUCAAACGGGGCCCAGAAUGUGUUCAGUAUCUUCAACAAGAAUACCUGCCCUCCUUGCAAGUAGCUCCAGAAAUAAUUCAGGAGUUUUGUCAAGCGCUUCAGCAGCCUGAUGCUAAAGUUUUUAAAAAUUACUUAAAGGUGUUCUUCCAGAGAGCAAAGCCCUGAGGACUGGAUUUCCCUGUGCCUACUUCAUGAUCAUGAAUUCCAGUUAAUUUAUAAAGAGGCGAUUUUUGUGUGCCAUUCACACUGGUCUUUUUCACAUUGUUUUGAGCUUAUUGCAGUAUAUGUUUUGGGAUUUUUCUGUAAAAUGGGUGUAAUUUUCCUAAUACAGGUAUGUAACAACAAAAGAAGUUGCCUGCAUGCCAGUCCAAAUUGUUCUGUAUAAAGAUGCUCUUAAAAGACACAAGAGUUAUCCUAGAACCUUAAUUCUUUUUUAUUUGAAAUUUUAAGUCAAGUCCUUUAUAAAGACCAUAGCAGUGGAAAACAGUGUACUUUUUAAAAAAUUGCUGAAUAUAAAAUGUUUGAAAAUUUUCUUUAUGUGUGAAGACACAAAGUAUGGGGGAAGACAGCAAUCAAAACUUUUUGUAGAUAGCCAUUUCAUUUCUUUAAACUGUUUCAAUGCCAAUAUGUAUUCUACAAAAGAGAAUGGUUUUAGGCUCCAGUGUUAUACUUUUUUUUAUAUAUAUAUAUAAAAAUAAAUUUUACGUAGUGAAAUCUA